AUGCUAAAAAGAUCCCUCCUGGAAGAUGGAGGUGACGACAAGAGGCCAAGACGGGAGGAGCAUGCUGACCUGUGUACGCCAACCUUCAAGCUGCUGGCACCAAAGACACUGGCAAGUGCCAUUCAGUUUAGUCAGGCCGUCAUCGAGCAUGCAGCUCAAGGUAAGUUGCAGAUGACCGAGCCCAAUGAUGUCUAUCCUGGAACCGACCACCAGGUGAUAACCAUAGAGUCGCCAGCAUGGGACCACAUCGUGGCCGCUGUGAAACAAAUCUUGGCGAUGGUCAACAACUGCUCCGAGUGCAUCAUGCCGGGCCACGAGGAUGAACGGCGCUUGGCAAUCGUUAUGCCCUCACGCUCCAUCAGCGCACUGAUCGGUGUGAAAGGUGCGAACGUGAAAGAGCUGCAGCUCCGAACAGGCUGCCACAUACACGUCGACGAUGUGGCCAUAGGCCCAGCUCCGCACGCGACACCAAAUGGGCAAGCCGGGCAAGCCGGCCAAGGGGUGGCGACAUCGGCUCCAAAGCACCCACCACCGCUCUUCCCACUUCGAGACUUUCUGAGCCAGGCUGGUGUGGCCACACUGCCCAGGACCCGCGUCGUAGAUGUCGGCGCCAUGUUCCUCGAUGAAGCAGAGGAAGUGUGGCGCCCGCUGCAGCGGAGGGGUCACUGUGAGUCGGUGGUGGGUUUUGAGCCGUGCUCUGAAGAGUGCGAUCGGCUCAAUGCGUUGAUCGACAGCCUGAGUGCUGAUGGCGAGGUUGAGGGUGCCGACUGCGUCUUCAGAUUUUUGCCUUGGGCUCUGGGUGACGGCUCCAGGGGGCAGUUCCGACGCUGUUCCGCAGCAAUGACUUCCUCGAUGCUGGAGCCAAACAUCCCGCUUCUGCGCCGUUUUGUGCAGUUGGAGGAGGUCACCACAGUGGUGGAGCGCACCGAAAUGCAAACAAGAAGGCUGGACGACCUCCUUCCCCAGAUUCCAGGGAAAGGAGUCGACUACUUGAAGAUCGACGUGCAAGGCUUCGAGCUGUCAGUGCUGAAGGGAGCUGAGCAGGCUCUCAAGGACGUCUUAGUGAUUCAUACCGAGGCCCCUCGUCGCAUCGCCUCAGAAUCGUCGGACAUGCUGAGAGAUGCUGAGAGGGCGGUUGUUGAGUUCGUCGACAUGUACGAGCGCCAGCCGCUUUUUGCAGAUGUGGACAGCUUCCUUCGGAGCCAGGGCUUCGUGUUCCACCGCUUCGUUUCGCUUCAUGGAAGGCCCAUGAAACCUUUGCACCUCGCGGCGAAUCCUUUGCAACCCAUUUCCCAGCAGCUUUGGGCCGAUGCUGUUUAUGUCCGCGACCUUUGGGAGCUGCAGAGCCAUUCCAGGGACCAGCUCCUAAAGUUGGCGUUGAUCCUGCACGAGAUUUAUCACUCCUACGACGUGGUGCUGCACGUUCUGCAGAAGUAUGACGCCAGUCUGGGCAAGUCCUACCUGGACCAGGCCAUGGACCCGGCGGUGACAGGGCCGGUGCCUCGUCGCUGUCAGCAUCCGUCGAGAAAAGUCAAACAAGCCGAGGCUGUCAACGUAAAUGGAAUCCCCCAAGGGCUGGAGCAGGCCGUACGAACCGUGGAGGUUGUGCAGGAGUCACACGACCAGGUGUGGUUCAGAAAAUGGGCGGAAAGAACAAAUGUCGAGCGCCUUGAGCAGGAGCAGGCGCCGCCACUGAGGGGUGGGCAGAUUGUCCAGCGGCAAAACAGCGAACAGGAUGUCGGAUGCGGUAUGGGCGUGGGGAACAUGGUGGGAAAUAUGGCAGCUGCGAUGAUGGGAAACAUGAUGGGCGGAAUGAUGGGUGGAAUGGGUGGUAUGGGAGGCAUGGGGAUGAGUGGAAUGGGCAUGGCCGGGAUGGGGGGGAUGGCAGGCAUGGGUGGGAUGGGUGGGAUGGGUGGAAUGGGUGGAAUGGGCGGGUGCGGCAUGGGAUGUGGCAUGGGCAUGCAGAACUGCGGAGUUGCUGCGGGUGGAAGUAUGGGGGGCUGUGGCAUGAGUGGCUGCGGGUUUGGUGGCUGCAUGGGUGCAUCCUGUGGCAAAGGCUGCUGCCGCGGGAAAGGAAGCUGUUGCACAGGGAAUGACGCUGGCUGCGGCAGUUUCAGCGGCUUGGGCGGAGAGUUGGGUGGUCAUGGGGGUUGUGGAGGCAUGGUCAGUGGCAUGGAGGGUGCCGACCUUGUCAUGCACGUGAUGGAGGACAUGCCCUCGUUCGUGACGCAAGACCCUCGUGGCUUUGUUUUGCGCAGCGCGGUUCCUGCCAGCAGAAUGGCAGACACGCUGCAGCAGAAGGCUGUGCAGGUGAUGGGAAUUACCUCCACCAAGAUCAGCUUUGGCGGCGAUGCCAACUCUAACACACGGGUCAUGAGCCUUCAGGGGCCAUUGUUCAAUGUCUGCGCCAGCUUCAUGCUGAUGAUGAGGCAGUACUUGGAAAUUGAGAGGGACGGCUUUUGA